AUGCAUCACCAUUCGCCCUCCGCUGGGUCCUUUCGUCCCCGGUCGCCACAGUCGUACUUUCACCACCCUGGACAACCCCAGCACGCUCCGUCGAAUGGGCACGGGCACGGACAUGUCCACUCUCCCCCGCUCCCGGUCGCCUUGCCCCGCGCGGAGCGCACGUCAAAGCCAAAGAGGUUGAAGGCGCAUACGGUGGCGUCGAAAGUGUACAACAUCCCCACUAUACCGCGGGAUAGGAAGGGGAAGCCGAUCUUGCCGCUGAAUGUCGGCAUCAUGGUUGUGCUGUCCCUCGGGGAGGUCUGUAUGAGAGAACAUUUCCAUAAUGAGAGGUAUAUCUACCCGGUUGGGUAUGUCGUGCAAAGGCGCUAUCUCUCGAUGAUAGACCCGCACAAGGAGGUGAACUACACCUGCUCCAUCCUCGACGGCGGCGACGGCCCCAAGUUCCAAGUCGUGCCGGACGACCAGCCGGGACACGCUAUCAUCUCCGGGACCGCUACUGGCGCGUGGGCCACCGUCGUCAAGCAAGCGAACCUUAUUCGCGAUCGGCAGCAUAGCAAUAGCGUCUCUGGCCCGGACUUCUUCGGGAUGACCCAGCACUCCAUCAAGCACUUGAUUCAGGAGCUGCCCGGCGCGGACAUGCUGAGAGACUAUGUGUGGCAGCACUUUGUCGAGGGAGGACCGCUCGGAGGCAGACACGCAGCUGUGAUCCCCGCAUACCCCGACGAG